GCUUAAAGAGCAAUGAAUGAUUCUUCAGGUCAAAUAGAGGCAAUAUACAAAUAACGACAUGAGUUUCCUAACACAAAUGUCAUUGCAUGCCAAGAUAGGACUUGGGAUAUUGGUAUCAUAUACUUCAUUUGAAAUUUAUAUGGAACUUAGAACUCAAUUUAUUAUAAGUGAGAGAAAGAAACAGUUUCAAAAAUUUAGUAGUACUGAUGAUGCUGAUGUUACAAAGUUUAAAUCUGUACUGGUAGGUGGAAUGUUUGUAAAUCCAUUUGAAGAAUAUAGACCUCAAACUGCAUUUGAAUUUCUUUAUGUUCGAAUUAUGGAAUUACUUGAAUCAUUCUAUGGGAAUAAAAUUGAAUUACACGAUAAAUUACCGCAACCAAAAGAUGGAGCUAUAGAAGUUGAAGAUUUACUUAAAGUUUUUAAACCUGAUAAAGAAACUUUAAGAAAAAAUUCUAUUAUUUUACAAUCAUGUAUUCAAAAUGAUGAUUUUCUGUUAUUAUAUACUCCAAGUAAAUCAUGGUUGCAAAAGAAGGAUAAUGAUUUAUUAAUUCCUUUACGUGAAAAGAUGUAUUUUACUUGGUUAGGUCAAUCAUGUUCAUUAGUUCAAAUAUCCGGUAUAAAUAUUUUAACUGAUCCUACUAUAAGUGAUCAUUUAAUAAGUCCACAUUUAGGACCAAAGAGAUUAACAAAAUCACCUAUGAAUCUUGAAGAUAUUAAAUAUGCUACUAAUGAUAAAAUUAAUUUUAUUUUAAUAUCUCAUGAUCAUCCUGAUCAUUUAGAAAUGGAUUUAGUUAAAAAAAUUGGAAAUAAAGCUACAUGGAUUGUUCCAUUAGGUCUUAAGAGGAAAUUAGCAGCUAAGGGAAUAUUUAAUAUAUUAGAAAUGGAUUGGUGGGAUUCAGCUGAUAUUACUCCAUUAAUAUCUACCUCAGAAAAGUUAACUGAUAAAUAUCAAGUUGUAUGUGUUCCAGCUAUGCAUUGGUCAGGAAGAUAUAUCUUUGAUUCAAAUCAAUCACUUUGGUGUUCUUAUAUAAUUAGACGAAAUAAUGAAUCAUUACUUUAUCAUGCAGGUGAUACAGGAUAUCUGAAUGAAUUAUUUAAAAUAAUAGGUAGAAAAUUCGGUCCUAUAUUUAUGGGAUUAUUACCUAUAGGUCAAUAUUGUCCUUCAUGGCAUCAAAAGCCAAGACAUAUAUCACCUUCAGAAUCUUUACAAAUUUGUAAAGAUCUUAAUAUAUCAAAGAUGAAGGGAAUUCAUUGGGGGACUUUUAAAUUAAGUGGAGAACCCAUAUUAGAACCUAAGAAUUUAUUAUUAGAAUUAGCUAAACAAGCUCAAAAAUCAAGCGACUAUUCUACACCUGAGUUUGGACUCACUUAUUUAUUCAAUAUGACUAACAAGGAAGAAUUAGAACUUCAUAUUUAGGUCAAUUAGUCUACAACAACAAUUAAAUUUUAUAAAUAAAAACUGGAGAAUCAUCACAAAUUAGACCUAUAGACAAAUAAUAUCAUAUAAUUAGUUUUUAGUUUAUAUGAAUUAAUAGAAUUGAUAUUUUGUUAUUUAGAUAUAUAUUUACAGCAU